AUGAAGUCUGUUUGCCUUGGAAGGAUAGUCAUCGGAUUCUUGAAGAUAAUAAGAGAUAAAGCGGAAAAAAGACUUUUCGCCCAAUACACGAAGACUGCAGAAGAUGGGAAUUUUUCGAAGAAUAUGAUGGUAUUAUUAAAGACUGGCACGAGGAAGGAUGAAAAUGGGAAUUCCUUGAAUGCUUGCCUCGAAAAGGGGACCGAAUUUAAUAGAAAUGCUUCCAAAACUUUUGAUACAAUUCCGGCAAUAUGCAAUUGGUGUUACUGUACUGCCGAUAUAAGGAAAGCUUUCUUACAAAUCAGUUUGUGUAUCAGAGACAGAGACUUUUUGAAAUUCCUGUGGUGGAAAGAUUCAAACAAAACCGAGAUUAUUAUCUACAGACACUGUCGUGUCGUGUUCGGCAUUUCUUCGAGUCCAUUGCUGUUGGGAGCAACGAUUUCUUACCAUUUGGAUAAUGCUCCACAAGAUUUAAGAGGAACGGCACUUAGAUUGAAGAAAUCCUUUUAUGUCGACAAUUGUAUAGCUAGUUUCGAAACUGAAGAAAAAGUAGUCAAGUUCAAAGAAGAGUCCCAAACUCUAAUGUCUUCAGGAGGUUUUGACCUUAGAAGGUGGACUUCUGCACCAUUCAAAGAUAGAAGCAUGACUUCCUAUCAGAAGGUCAUUCCAAUUCUGGGACUCUCAUGGGACACCGAGAAUGAUGAAAUCUAUUGCAAUUUAAACCCUUUGACAUUUUCGGAGAGUGCACACACGAAACGAUCUCUUUUGUCAGUCUCACAGAGGAUAUUCGACCCCAUCGGAUUUACAAGUCCAACCACGUUAAUUCCAAAACUCAUUUUGCAAAAAAUAUGGAAGAUGAAACUUUCCUGGGAUGAAAAUCUUCCACAAAGCAUAGAAAGAGAAUUUCAGGCUUGGCUCAGUAGACUACACUUCUUGAAUUAUUGUAAAAUUUCAAGAAGACUUGUGAUUGGACCCUUCGAUGACUGCUCUAUCUCUCUACAUUGUUGUAGUGAUGCUAGUAAGGUAUCUUAUGCAGCAUGCAUUUUCUUACGUGCAUAUUUUGAGGGCAAAACUUCAGUACAAUUGGUAUUAUGUAAAUCAAGAGUAGCGCCUGCCAAAGAAGUGACUAUUCCUAGAUUAGAGUUGCUUGGAGCACUUAUAGCUACUCGGCUGUAUCGUCAAGUCACUGACGUUCUUAAAUUGACAAAGUGCCAAGUGUACCUUUGGAGUGACUCGUCUGAAGUUCCGACAUGGAUCAAAAAAGACUCCCACUGGAAUGUUUUGGUGACAAAUCAUGUAGCUGAAAUAAGGAGAUGCACAAAUCCGGACGACUGGCAUUAUGUACCAAACUCAAGCAAUCUAGCUGAUCUUUCCUCUAGAGGGUGCGAUGCCAAAAUGUUGUUACAGAGCAGAUGGUGGAAGUGGCCGGAUUGGCUUAAAAAGGAGCCGGAUAAAUAG